AUGUUUAGUUUAUAUAUUAGGCACAAUUUCUGCCUGAAAUGCGUUGGGAAAUGGACUGUUGGUCAAGGCAAGCCUACUUCUAUAGAAUGCCGCAAAGUGAUUCCUGAAAUGCGUUGGGAAAUGGACUCUACUCUGCCCUUGUCUCUGCCAUUCGUCUGGCCGAAGUACAAUGAAAGAGAAGAGAUGAAGGCAGAGAGCGGUCUCAGUCUUGACCGGAGUAGGGGAAUCGGCAAGACUAUCACCAAAUGCAAUAUAUUCCUCGAGAAAGCACAAGCAGCAGCAGCAGCAGCAACAGAAACAUCCACCUCUCAAGCUGCUGCUAAUGGCAACGAGCAUCAACCUAUGGAAGUUGAAGUUGAUGGAGAAAAACAGAAAGCACAAGCAGCAGCAAAAGCAUCCACUGACUUCUUCUUCAUCUCUUUCUAUUGA